AGUCAAUCAAAACAAGCUUUUCAACAAAAGGUGUCUUGUUUACAAAUGCUAGUGUUUGCAAGAAUCCAACAGACUGAAUUUUUCAAUAAAUUCCUUAUUUUUUAUUAAAUUAACAUUAUUUGACAACCGGCUCAACCCAUCUACGAAAGUAGUAGUUAGUGUAUCUAUAUAAAUUCGGCGUGUAACAACCAUGCGUGUGCGACCCAGAGCAGGACAGAGUUAUGUAUAGCAAUGAGAUACGUACAGCUUGAUAUUUUUGUAAAAUAUUCGUAAAAAAUCAAGCCCCUGUGUCCAAAAACCUACACGAUACUGAUCAGGUAGUCAGCGAGCUAGUUGGCUGGAUCAAGUGAAGCACCUUUCGCAAUAACCCACAUUGUGACGAAAGAUAUGGAUGGAAUAAUCCGUAGGACUACUGGCUGGGGCCUGGCUAGGCGAGUACAGCGUGCACAAACAUGAGCUGUUGCUAGAACAAAAUGAAUUUCUGUACAGAGAACGCCAGUAUUCAUCAUAAUUGAAGCCAAAAUAACAAUCGUUUCUUGUUCCUGUUGGCAAUGCGGACUGCAGGGUCUCGUAUGGCGCUGCGAUUUAUGUAUUAAUUAAACUUCCGAGCACGCGAAAAUGUCGUGGCAAUUAAAACUAAAGUCAAAACAUAAAUUGUUGCAGUGACAGGAAAAAUAAAACAAAUAGGAAAUCCUUUCAAAACGGCGGAAAAAGCGAACGAUAGUUAUUUAAGGCCAUUAUUAACAAAUUAUAUAGUUGGAGAUUACACUCUUCUCUGCAUGUGUCCAAUUAUUUUCCAACCCACUACAAACAUCUGCACAAAAUGGACCAUUUGGAACAUCUGGGGGGAUCGAUCGAUGGGCAUCAGGACAUGUCGAAAGCAGUCCUUCGCACCACCCUACAGUCCGCCGACAGUGGUUCAUUACACUUCAUCACCAGCACGGGAAUGUCCCAUGCUGGAAGGGAGCAGGAGUACAUCGAAUCGACCUUAUUGGGCACGGACCUGUUAUCCAGUCAGCUGCCGACCAAUUUGCUUAAUGAUUACAUCAAUUCGGUUUCGUCCAGCACGACCAGCUCGAUUGGAAUGCAAUCCGCCCUCAUGGAGCAUCACUAUCGGCCCUUUGGCACCUCCACCGAAGAGUUGCAUUCGCUUACCAGUGAAACGAGCAAGGAAGCUGCUGAUACCAAGGAUAUUCCCGGAUUCAGUACGCUAUCGUCGUACGACAAAAUGAUGCACAUUGGUCAAUCCUCUUCGCCCAUUAGCAAUGGAUUAGGUCAGAUCGGUGGCACGAUUGAUAGUUACGUACACUUCCCUCUGCAUGCCACCAGCUCAGGGGGCGAUGGAUUUGAUGUAAUGGCAAACGCUCUUGCGACUGUGACCACACACCAACAACAGCAGGGACAGCAACAGCAGCAGCAUCAUCAUCAUCAUAAUCAUAAUCAUUAUAGUCUUCCUCAUGCAACUAGUUCGCACUUGCACCUGCAACACCAAGCACAGGGACAUUUGCUCCAUCAUCAGAGUAUUGUGGAGCUCUCGAAUGGCCAACAAAUAUCGUCACUUGGACAUUCGGACGCACCUGUAUCCAGCAGCAUUGGUACGUUGCUACCGUCCGUUGAUGUGACGCUGAAAGCAUACAGUCACAAUAGUUCUUUGCUUCCCAUCGUCUCCUCGGCUCCACUGUCAUCCGAUGUACACAGCAGCUCAACAAUGGCCAUCAACACGAUGAGUUUAAACGAAUCUUCGAAACGGUUUCUUUCCUGCGCAACUCUUCCCUCGCUCCUACCGCAUAAUCAGCGUACGAUAUUUACCGUUGCUGCUGAUAGCUUAGCGGCAUCGAAAAGUGUUGCCGCUAGCAUUAUGGAGUGUGAAUCGCGCACACACGACGACGAUAUGGCGGAGUGUGUGGCAUCGAUCGAGAGUGUAUCGUGCGCACAGUUGGGUAACAUCAAUCUCCCUCACAAGAAGCGUUUGGCAAAGAAGAUGACCGAUACAAAGGACGCGUUUUGCGGCGAUGUUUCCGAAAUGGAGCAAUCGUUAAUGCUGGCAAACAUUCAGCUUUCGCACCGUGACGCAACAGUAACUGGGGUUGGUUCAUUCGAGUCAACGAGCAAUCCAAAUUACGGUCCUUCAUCUUCGCUACAUCCGGGAAAUAAUGGCAAAGGCAACACGCCCAAAGCACAGCAAUCGCCAUCGGCCUCGCAGCAUCCGGGGAAUUCUUUUUCCUGUCAACUUUGUGGCAAAGUAGUUCAAGAUCAGCGAAUGUUCUUUAACCACCUGAAGGAACAUUACGAGCCCUCCUUGACACCUGUAAAUGGGAAUAAUACAACGGAUGCAAACAGAAACGCAACUGCAAUGAAAGUUAUUGCAUUAUCAACGCAGGUAGCGCUAGAUGGUAAAAAAGCGAAGCCCAAGCUGCCUCGUGUGAAGCACACGAAAAAGCUAAAGAACGAUCGUACCAUGAAACAGGGCCAGGCGGCUGAAGAACAAAACCCGGCACAGAACAGUGACGCAAAAGCGUUACUGUCCACAUCGACCAGCUCCAGUGCGAGCUGUGCAAAAACGGUGGACAGUUUGCUGCAACAUCAGUCGCUAAACGAUGCCAUGAUAGUGCUGGAAUGUUCCGAGAAUGGUGGAGAAUUUAGCGAGACUGAAGACAUGCUGGAAGGCAUCCGGAAUGUGGUACAAAAGGUGCAGGAAACGGUCGAUACGGAUACGACCGAGGAGCUGUGCGUAGCGAACAGUGCAGACUGGUUUCCGAAUCAUGCUGAUGAUGCUAAUAAUGGCAGCGCUGUUGCCGCCGGUUCUACCGCAACCACUGCCAUGCAGCAACCUGAAAAGAGUGGCCAGCAUAUGGCACUGUCCCGAGGAUCGCUCGACUCACAUGAAAUUCAUAUUCCAAGCGGAGGCGACAACUUUUUGCUGCUUCUUAGUAAAGCUCAAUUUAACGAUGCAGAGCUUUUACAAACGGAAUCCGCAGAUUCGACAUUGCUGAAGCCACUGGAUGCUGCCACCUGUGAGCAGCUUACAAACUCGAGUUCACUGAAUGGGUCUUCCAGGAAUGAAACAUACGUGCCGGGCCUACCGUCGGCUGAAGCGCAAAAUUUGCAACAACUGCAACCGUUACAUUCGACACCAUUUCCGUUGCUUUCUACCGUUGAUGCACUCGCCGAGUCCCGUGCCGUUUCGUUCCAAUCCACCGAUAGCCUGAACCCCCUUACCUCCAUUCUUCUCUCUUCCAAUACGAUCAGCAAACUGUCGGUGGCUUCAUUUGCACCAUCCCACUGUGGCCAAAUAUCGGAUCUAAGAGAGACGAGACUGUUGAAACGAGAACAAAAAUCCGACGAAGAUGACGAUUACGAACCGGAGCCGGAGGAGGAGGAGGAGGAGGAGAAUGGUGAGGAAACGUCCCAAUACAAUGAAAUGCAAAUCAUAGACCUUGGCGCAUCGGGCGUUGAACCGCUCAACGAUGAAUCGACGGGCGCACGAAAUGAACCACCAAUCGACGACGAUUAUCAGUGUAGCGAUGAUGAGGGAGUCGCAUCCCAGGUACAGGGCAACGAAGACGAAGAAGUAGAAGAGGAAGAAGAAGAAAUGUGUUCAAAUGAUAAGGAACGGCGGACAGCGACGGAUGCUGGCAGUAAUGCAAAAGUGUACAAAUACCUGUGCCCGAUCGAGGAGUGUGGACGGUGGUUUAAAUCCAAGACUGCAUUUUCCUACCACCAUCUGCAGCACACGGGCGAACGGCCGUACCAAUGCCAGACGUGCCAGAAGUGCUUCUUCACCUGCAGCGCCCUGAAGGUGCACGAGCGGCUCCAUUCGGGCGAAAAGCCGUACAAAUGUGAGGAGUGUGGGCACCACUUCCGGCAGUGGGGCGACCUAAAGUAUCACAAAAUCUCCAAACACUCCAACGAGAAGAGCCACAAGUGUGAGUUCUGCGGCAAAGAGUUUGCCCGCCGCUACUCGCUCGUGCUGCACCGGCGCAUUCACACGAACGAGAAAAACUUUGUCUGCGAGUACUGCAACAAAGCGUUCCGGGCGAGUACGUACCUGCAGGCGCACCGGAUGAUACACACGGGCGAGAAACCGCACCAGUGCAGCUUAUGUGAUAAAAAGUUCCGCUGCCACGGCGAUUUGAACAGGCAUCAGAAAACACACUCCCGGCCGGGGAAAGGGGGCGGCACCCCGUCCAAACAGGUCGAUGAAGAUGAGGAGGGCAGUUCGACAGUGGAGCUGGCGGGAGGCGGCGGUGCGGGUAAACUACCCUCGACCCCUGUCGAUGCUAAGACUAGGUCUCUCAAACGAAAGACGAUCACACAGAAAAAUAAUAACAGUAUAGUAAUUGUGUAGCAAUAGGUUAUUGUAAACUGCCUUACUCAAUCCGUAUGUAUAGGACAACACUAUCAACAGCUGGUCAUGUUGAGAUGCAGAACCCAUUUUAAGAAUCCUCUGUUUUAAGAAGGGCUUAUCGUGAUGCUAAAGUUCUAUAUUCGUUGUACCGUAAAUGUAUGAUAAUAGACGACCAAGUUGGUCACUUAUUUCUGUAA